CAAGUGGCCACUAGUCAGCUUUUCAUUUAAGAAGCGCUUGUCUUUGGCGAGAUUUGAGGCGGGUUAUUUUGAUCAGGUCCGCGCGCGGAAGAGAGGGAGCGAAGGAGAGCACACGGCGCACGAAGCAGACGCAGGGAGGAGAGGGAGAAAGGCGCACAGACUUCAGCGGUGCUCAGCUGUCUCUCUUCCACACUGGAUGCGCACAACAGAUGACGAGGGUGGACGCACAGAUUUGGAUGAUUUAAUGACAACUAAUCCAAUUUAAAAGACCUUUUUCGUGCAAUGUAGUUACUCCGAGCUAGUCGAUGAAGUUAAACUACAUCAACACUACAUUUUGAAGUUUUUUUAUUUCAUUUUAUUUAUUUUUUUUCAACCAGAAGAAUGAUGGGUCUUUUUCUGAGAAGAUUGUGGAGAGUUGUGGCUGUUUUGGCGCUGGCGACGCAGCAUUCUGCCGGUAAAACGCUUAAAUAUCACAUUUCCGAGGAGCAGAAAGUCGGCACGGUUAUUGCCCGUCUGAAAGACGAUGUCGCGGAUGUUUUGGCAAAACUUCCCAGCUCCGUGCCGCUCCGCUUUCGAGCCAUGCAACGGGGCAGUUCUUCCUUCCUCACCGUGCGCGAGCAGGACGGAGAAAUCAGCAUCCGAAGCAAAAUCGACCGCGAGAAACUCUGCGAAAAGAAUCUCAACUGCUCCAUCCAGUUCGACGUGCUCACGCUCCCGACCGAGCACCUUCAGCUGUUCCACAUCGAAGUGGAAGUGCUGGACAUCAACGAUAAUGCCCCCCAGUUCGCCCGAGCCGUCAUCCCAAUCGAAAUCUCCGAGAGCGCGGCCGUGGGGGCGCGCAUCCCCCUGGACAGCGCCACAGACCCUGACGUCGGUGAGAACUCUCUCUACACAUAUGCCUUAGCGCCCAACAACUUCUUCAAGGUUGACAUUCAGUCCAGGAGUGACGGAGUUAAAUAUGCCGAGCUGGUGGUGCUCAGAGAGCUGGACCGCGAGUUGCGCUCCAGUUAUGAACUUCAGUACAGCGCCUACGACAGGGGCGUUCCCCCCAGGACCGGGUCCACGCUGCUCAAAAUCAGCGUUACUGACUCCAACGACAACAGCCCGGUCUUUGAGAAGUCCUCAUAUGUCAUCAACCUGCCUGAAAAUGCAACUGUUGGCACUCUGCUCAUAGACUUGAAUGCCACAGACGCUGACGAAGGGAAGAACGCGAAAAUAGUCUACUCUUUUAGUAGUCACGUGUCUCCUAAAAUCAUGGAGACCUUCAAAAUUAACCCAGACAGUGGCCACAUAACGCUUAUGAGGAGGCUGGACUACGAAACGAUCAAGUCUUAUGACAUUGACGUGCAGGCGCAGGAUAUGGGUCCAAACUCAAUGCCUGCCCACUGCAAGAUCCUGGUCAAAGUGGUAGAUGUGAACGACAACAAGCCAGACAUCAGCAUCAGCCUCAUGUCCUCCCAGGGCAACGGGGAUGCUGCCUACAUUUCUGAGGCUUCCCCUCUGGACACCUUUGUUGCCUUGGUGAGGGUGGAGGACUUGGACUCUGGGUUAAACGGAGAAGUGGAAUGUCGGCUGCACAGUCAGGGCAACUUCAAGCUGCAGAAAAAAUACGAGAACAACUACAUGAUUCUGACGAACGUAUCCCUGGAUAGAGAGAAAAGGUCAGAGUUCAGUCUGACUGUGGUGGCUGAAGACCGGGGAAUCCCGAGCCUCUCUACCGUCAAACAUUUCACCGUGCACAUCACAGACGAAAAUGACAACCCGCCACACUUUGAGAAGGGGAGAUACGAGAUCUUUAAAUCCGAGAACAAUGCCCCUGGUGCAUAUCUGACAUCCAUUUCUGCCUCUGACCCUGAUCUGGAUGCUAACGGACAGGUGAGCUACACCAUCUUGGAGAACUUUAUUAAUGAAAGCCCCAUCUCCACCUAUGUGAACAUUGAUCCUUCUAAUGGUGCCAUCUAUGCACUGCGCACGUUUGAUCGAGAGGAUGUGAGUCGCAUCUCAUUUGUUGUGCAAGCCAAGGAUGCAGGGAAGCCCCCCCUGCAGAGUAAUGCCACAGUGGUCUUGAACAUUCUUGACGAAAACGACAACCCUCCGGUAAUUGUGGUCCCCCAGUUGUGGAAUUUUACCGCAGAUGUUCACGUCUUCAAGUUCACAGAGGCCGGACAGCUUGUCACUGUGGUCAGGGCAACUGACCGGGACACGGGGGUCAACGCUGAGCUCCUCUGCUCCAUAUCUGGUGGCAAUGAGGAAGGGUUCUUCCUCAUGGAACCGAGAACUUGUGAGAUCCAUGCCAACGCCAGCCUGGAGAACUUCCCCCAUGAGCAUGCUGAGUUGAAAAUUGUAGUCAGGGAUCAGGGAAGUGAAAGCCUAAGUGCCAAAGCCGUUUUAAAAAUCACCCUUUAUGAGAACAGGGAGAACCACGUGCAGCCAAUGGAUCAGGGGGAGUCGUCCAUAGAUCUGUCCCUCAUUAUCAUCAUCUCACUUGGGGCUAUCUGUGCUGUUCUGCUGGUCAUCAUGGUGGUGUACGUGGCUCGCUGCAACCGUGAGAAGAAGGACACCAGACACUCCUACAACUGCCGGGUGGCAGAGUCCACCCACCAGCACCACCCAAAGAAACCAACGAGGCAGAUUCACAAAGGUGACAUCACCCUGGUUCCCACAGUGAAUGGCACCCUCCCCAUCAGGGCUCACCACCGCUCCCCGUCAGCCUCCCCUCCCAUGGACCGAGCCCAGAUGGGGAGCCGGCAGAACCAGCACAGCCGUCAGUCUCUGAACAGCCUGGUGACCAUCUCGUCCAAUCACAUUCCAGAGAGCUUCGCUCUGGAGCUGGCACAUGCAACUCCUCCAGUGGAGCAAGUCUCACAGCUUCUGUCCAUGCUCCAUCAGGGCCAGUACCAGCCCAGACCCAGUUUCCGUGGCAACAAAUACUCCCGCAGCUACAGGUAUGCAUUACAAGAUAUGGACAAAUUCAGCCUAAAGGACAGUGGUCGUGGGGACAGUGAGGCGGGGGACAGUGACUGUGACAUGGGGCGGGAAUCCCCUGUGGACAGGCUGCUUCUGGGGGAGGGCUUUUCUGAUCUGAUGCACCUCGAGAUGCACCAUCGACUUCACCCAGCCAUGAGACUUUGCACAGAUGAAUGUCGCGUCUUGGGACACUCUGACCAGUGCUGGAUGCCUCCCCUCUCCUCACCCGCUUCCUCUGCUGACUACCGCAACAACAUGUACAUCCCUGGGGAAGAGUCCUCCCAGCAAGCCCCACUGGAUGAUGACCAGUCCUCUGUUGACUCCGAAAACCGCAAAAGCUUCUCCACUUUUGGCAAAGAGUCCGGAAAUGAAGAAUUUGGGGUUGGGGGGGAAGGUGGAAGUGAGAUGUGUGCUGCUGGAGGAGGGGCUGGCUCCCUCCUCACUGAGAUGAACUCCGUUUUCCAGAGACUCUUGCCUCCUAAUAUGGACUCCUACGCUGAGUGCACGGAAACUAGCCCACCCUCCUCCUCCUCAGGAACAUCAGAGAGGGGCACUGGACGUGCUGGCAACAUUGCUGGCAACCAUGGCAACAGUGCUGUCCCUCAGGACAGCCGAAGAGGCUUGUUGCCAGGUGGUAAGGGCCCUUCUUACCCCCCAGGUGUAGCCGCAUGGGCUGCCAAUACCCACUAUCUAAAUCCAGGCAAUGGAUCUGUGGGCACCAGCCACGUUCCCGCCUCGUCUUCCUCAUCAUCUUCCACUCCAACUUCCACCAAUGGACAGCCACCACACUUAAAAUGGCUGCCGGCCAUGGAAGAGAUUCCCGAGAAUUAUGAAGAAGAUGACUUUGAUGGCGUUUUGCAUCAGGGUCUCCAGAACAGCAAGCGCAGUGAGAGCCGCCACGAGGCAGGCAUGGACACUUCCGAGCUGGCUCAUGAGAUCAACAAACUGCUGCAGGAUGUCAGGCAGAACUAGGGAGCCGCACAGAGCGGGAUGGCGGGCUUGAGCUUUCACUGUGUUGGUCUGGAACAUUUCGCCACACUGGGACAUUUGUGGUCUUUGUGCCGACGCAAAACUUAAUGGGUUCCUUUUCCACUGUAAAGCUUGUCUUGUUUAUUUGACCAAAUUUCCCUUUUUGUCGUGCGUCUCUGAGCGCAAAGAAAGUCCAACACUGAACUGAAGCUGUGACACGACUCGAAGACACGACUUCUCCACUCGCAUCCAAGUUGUUUGGAAAGUUGCUCAAAUAGGUGAUCUUGAAGUUAAAUUCAUCAACAUAAAAAAGUGUACCUGUUCUUGUAAUGUUUACAGUGGUGUGAACAGACUCCGAGAAAGCAACUGUUGUGUAACCUACUUUCUAGUUCAACAGUAAACAGUAUUGUACAGUGUCUGUGGAGAAAGGCAAGCUCACUUGAAUAUUGUGCCAUGUCUUCUGUUUUGUUAUUUUGGAAUGUAACUGUACAAUUUUAUCUUUCUAUAUCAAAAAUACACUCUUUUUUUACUUCUCUAUAUUUAUAUGUGUCCAUGUAUGUUUGUACAGAAAAAGAUAACAUGUCUAUUUUUUAUAUUUGUCACUGCAUGUCUUAUUAUCUCUGAGUGUGUCCAUUUUUUCUCUGGCCUUUUAUUUUGUAAAGCAGUUGUAUUUAAUUUUUUUUCUUUUUUUUAAUAUUAAAUAUGUGUGUUUGCAUAUCAAAGUAAUCACAUUCCAAUGCAGUUCCAUGUUGGAAGUGGAUUUUGUAUGGUAACAUUGUGACCAGUGGAUGAUAAAUAAAGCAGAGAGAUUUGUA